AUGGCAUCAAGUGCUGAUCCAAGCCUAUUCUUCAAGAGAAGUGGAAGAGCUCAUGUAGUAGUUCUCCUCUACGUGGAUGAUAUGACCAUUACUGGAAAUGACGAUGCUGAAAUUGCUCGUUUACAAGACGAUAUGUCGGUGAGGUUUGAGAUGAAGAAGUUAGGCGAGUUUAAUCACUUUCUUAGUCUAGAGGUCGAGAGGGUAAAGGAUGGAAUAUUUAUCGGCCAACAAGGUUAUGCAAAAAGGAUUGUUGACAGGUUUGGAGUACACCAAGGAAAGGUACGUUCUACUCCACUGGAUACUAACAUAAGGCUCAAACGCGAUGAAGGAUCCUUGUUAGCCAAUCCUCGACCUUAUCGCUCUCUUGUUGGAAGUCUUUUAUACUUAACAAUUACAGGACCAGAUAUUGCCUUUGCGGUUGACCUUGUAAGCCGGCUCAUGCAGGAACCAAGGAAGCCACAUCUAGAAGCGGCAAAGAAGAUACUGAAGUAUGUGAAGUCAACUCUUGGCAUGGGACUGAUGUACAAGUAUAAAGCCAAGGGUUCUCUUCAUGGUUUCACAGAUGCUGACUUUGGUGGAGAUUUAGAUAAUCGAAAAUCAACUUCGGGUUUUGUGUUCUUAUGUGGAGACACAAGCAUUUCAUGGUGCAGUAAGAAGCAAGCAACAGUGUCAUUGUUUACUACCGAAGCAGAGUAUAAAGCUUCAACACUCGCAGCCCAAGAAUGUAUAUGGCUUCGAAGACUCUUUGAAGAUUUGUUCGAGCCAAUCAAUAAAUCGAUUACCAUCUACGGAGAUAAUCAAAGUGCUAUUAAGCUGGCCAGUGUUCCAGUGUUCCAUGGAAGAACGAAGCACACUGAAUUGGAACAUCAUUUCAUAAGAGAGAAGGUGCUUGAUGGAACAAUUGAAGCAUUGGAGGUUCGAAGCGAGGACAACAUUGCUGAUAUCUUCACCAAGUCGUUACCAAAAGGUCAUUGGAGGUUCGAAGCGAGUAUUGAAGUUAAACUUGAUUUUGGGCUCUCCUUAAUUAUGGGUUCCAAUAAUCUUAUUUGCCUAAACCCAAAGUUAAGUUAA